UCGCCGUGAAAAGAAGUGGUUAUUUAAAAACAUGUUUUUUGCAGCAGACUUAUUAAAUGGAUAUAAAUCACGAAUUUACACAAAUAACUGAAAAGGAGGCAGGAAAAUUAGCCACCAAACGGAAAAUUGCAAUUCCCGAUAAUGACAGUGAACGCGAAAUCAAGAAAACAAAGUUACAGAUUGCCUCCCUGACUGCACCGAUAACAGCGGAGUCUGGUUGCAAUGCAACGAUUACAAACGUACAAAAUUGCGCGGCAGGAAGAAGUGUUUUACCAGCCAAAGCUGUAGCACAUCAAAGUCCUAAGAAGCGGUUACAAAUAGAUACAACAUCUCCUAGCGGCUCACAACGAAAACAAGCCAAGGAGCGAUUUAUUUAUGGCAACUAUAGCCAGUAUUAUGGAUAUCGAAAUAAGGGGUGCGAAUGUCGUGACAUACGUCUGGAAGUAUUUGCAACGCAACCUGAAUUAUUUCAAGGCAAGGAAGUGCUUGAUAUUGGUUGCAAUAGUGGUCUAAUAACCAUGGAAGUAGCAAAACGGUUUGUGGUCAAAAGCAUUGUUGGCUUGGACAUAGACCGCACACUUAUCAACCAAGCGAAUAAGGCGCUGGUACGACAAAAGAAAACAUUGCCUUUGGUAAAUGAGUCACGGCGUUUACAACGUUUCCCCUACAAUGUAAGCUUUGUGCAUGGCAAUUACGUGCUACGGGAUGACAUAUUACUUGAGAUUGAACACGAACAAUUCGAUGUUAUACUCUGCUUAUCGAUAACCAAGUGGAUACACUUAAAUUUUGGAGAUGCAGGCUUGAAACAAGCUUUUCGGCGUAUGUUUCUGCAACUGCGAAGUGGUGGCAAGCUUAUAUUAGAAGCGCAGCCAUAUGAUAAUUACGGGCGUCGAAAGAAAAUGACUGAGGCCAUCAACGCCCAUUAUAAGGCUAUGCAGUUCUUUCCCAAAGAUUUUACAGGCUUUUUACUUUCCACAGAUGUUGGAUUUGAAAGCGUGGAUUUGAUGGGUAUACCUCAAGGAUGUGUAGAAGGCUUUAAGCGACCUAUACAGAUAUUUCACAAAAAGAAAUAACACAAUGCUGACUGUGAUAAUGGUACUAAAGCUAAGAGUUUUGAAUUUAAUAGGCCUUCAUUGUGUAUAUUCUUAGGAAAAAAAGUCUAG